AUGAAGUGGCUACCUGUUGUCGCCGCAGCCUCGGCUGCCGCGACUAAAACGCUCCCUUCAAGUCUGAACAUCUCAGAUCCUGACUCCAUCCGCGAUGUCGCAGCCAGCUUGGCGUACGACACCAUGUCGUACUACAGCGGCAACACCUCCAAGGUUGCCAAGGAUGUCGGUGACCUCCAGGAUCCUUAUUACUGGUGGGUGGCAGGCGCGCUCUGGGGAACCAUGCUAGACUACUACCACCUCACCAACGACCCCAGCUACAACGACGUAAUUAUCCAAGCCCUCCUCGCCCCAACCAACCUUGGCACUGGCGAAGAUUAUAUGCCUGCCGAACACGCCGACGAGGAAGGAAACGACGACCUUUUUUUCUGGGGCUCCGCCGUCCUCUCUGCCGCCGAGCGCAACUUUCCGCAACCCAACAAAGACCUCCCAUCCUGGCUCGAUAUCGGAGCCAAUGUCUUCAACCAACUCGUCGGUAGAUGGGAUACAACAGACUGUAAUGGUGGUCUAAGAUGGCAAAUAUUCAGUACGAACCCGAACGGAUUGGAUUAUAAGAACUCCGUUAGCAACGGUGGCUUCUUCCAGCUCGCGGCACGACUCGCUCGUGCAACUGGCAACGAGACCUACGCCAAUUGGGCUGAGUAUAUCUGGAAUUGGUCAUCUGAUAUCGGCUUUAUUGAUCCCGAUAACUACCACGUCUACGACGGUGCCAGCUCGGCCGAUAAUUGUACCAAAAUCAACAAGUACUCGUUCACUUACACCAGCGGAAUCUACUUGUAUGGCGCCGCCGUGAUGGCCAACUACACCGGACGGGCCAAUUGGAAACAACGCACCGAGGAUAUUUUCGACGGAGCCGGCUGGUUCUUCUCUCCAUACGAAAACUCCACCGACGUUCUGUACGAGGCCGCUUGCGAAAAGGUCAACCGAUGCAGCGUCGACAUGUCAACCCACAAGGGCUACUUGGCCCGCUCCAUGUACCAGUCCACUCAGCUCGUGUCCUCGCUCAGUGACAAAGUCGACGCCCUUAUGAUUCCUUCCGCCGAAGGUGCGGCCCAGGCCUGUAGUGGUGGCGAGACCGGUCGAACCUGUGGUCAGCGCUGGUACACUGGCGCCUACGACGGCAACCCGGGCCUCGGCCAGCAGAUGUGCGCCCUCGAGGUCAUUCAGGGCCUUCUGACCGACGAUGCUCCCGCGCCUCUGCAGGGUGAUGAUAUCAAGGUCAUCCGCAAUCUCGAAUGGCACCCGACUGUCAAGGUCAAAAGCACACCCACCACCACGUCCCAGCCCUCCGCCACCGAGACUAAGGCUGAGGAAAGCGAGGACGCCGCCAGCAUGGCCCGGAGCAACCUGGUCUUUGCCUCGCUGGGUGUCAGCACCGUCCUGCUCUUCCUUGGACUGGUUUGA